AAAAUAUUUGAACUCGAAUAAUAUUUUUUUUUCGAGUGAAAAUAAUUUAAACUUUGCACACGGCACUAACUAGCGGGGUUCUCCCUGUUCAAAAUGCCGAACCUCGAAGAAUGCCACACCGAAGAAUGCAAUAUUUUAUCAAGGAUUGUACAAAAGUGCCACGAUCAGCAUCCAUUCGGAAAGUUUAGGGGUUCAUGUCACGCUGAGGAAGUUCGUGUUCAAGUUUGUUACAAGAAUGAGAGAAUAGCACGCCGUGCACAACACAACCAAGAAGCGCGCAUCAGAGCUCAAAAGCGAGAGGAGGCAAUCAAAGAAUUUAAAAAAUGGAAGGAAAACCGUGGAAAAAGUUAAUUGUGAUUCUUUCAAAUUCACUGUUUGCGAGAAAAUAUAUUUAAACCAUAAACAAAACAUAAGAACAAAUGUGUUAAUAUUUUAAGAAAUAAAAUCAUGAGAAACAAAGCUA